CUCACUGCCCCGCAACGCCUUAAAAAAAAGUUAAACUCCCUCACCCCUGAGGACGCGAUCACGAGGAACCGACGACUGCUAUCCAAUAGUUACAUCUGUACAUGAAUACGGCCGGGCUCAAAUUCUCAGCUGGAGAAGAAUUUGAAAACAGAGAUCUUUUCAGCGGCGAAGCAAAGUGGACUCCCAGUGGCAAACUUUUCCGGCCUCGGUGAACAGCAUCUUCACUCGAAAACCAACAUCAAUUGGCCACGGAAGGAUUCGGAUCGUCAGGCUUAAGGAUUGGGAGAGGGGUGGGACAUGGCGUUUUCAUUCUCCUUCGCCGGGGACGACAUAGAGGAGGACAACCAAGCUCCCGCACCUCCACCACCACCGCCCCCGGGAGGCACCGCGCCAGGCCCGUCACCAGCAACAGCGGGUGCGUUCCCCGUCCAAGGCAAGCCGCUGCUCCCACCGACACAGCAUGACCCGGAAGCUUUCCUCUCCAAGCUGCCGUCCAAGAUCGCCUUCGGUCUGCUAGACGUCGACCUUGGGGGCGGUCGCGUCCUCCAGCUGCCCCGGCGCGAGCUGUGGGAUGUGCGCGUCCAACUGAUGGCCGAGGAGAACACCGACAACCCCUCUGAGUCAGAGGCCGCCCUUGGGGAACACGACGUCAAGACGGGCAUCUACGAGGGCGGCUUCAAGAGCUGGGAGAGCAGCGUCGACUUGGUCAAGGUGCUCGCCAGCGAGGGGGUCGCCGAUCUCUUGACGCAAGAACCUUGCGUCUUGAUUGAGCUGGGCUGCGGCACAGCGUUGCCUUCACUCGCUCUCUUUCAAUGGGCGUUGACAGGGAGGAAAUCCGAACAGAAUCAGCCGCUGGUGCUCACACUUGCAGACUACAACCCGACCGUCCUUUCUCUCGUGACGCUGCCUAACUUGGUUCUCGCCUGGGCGCUGCAGCAAAGGGGGGAGAACGCCGUCGUCAACGAGGCCUUCACUCCAGACGGAGAGUUGGAACUAACGCCAGAAGUACUCGAGGCCUUCAGGCAGUCGCUUUCGUCGAAGCAGAUUACCCUCUCGUUUUUCUCGGGCGCUUGGUCUCCCGAGUUUGUUGACCUCCUUUACCUCUCCGGCGUCCCCGCGAACCUGCCCCCCACGACCAAGACACUCCUGCUCGGGUCGGAGACCAUUUACUCCCCUUUUGCGCUCGAAAGCUUCGGGAGCACGCUCCUCUCAAUUCUUCAGCGUGAGCGCGCCGAGCGUUCAACCGGCGGUGCCAGGGCACUUAUCGCCGCGAAGAGGCUCUACUUCGGCGUCGGUGGCUCGCUGGACGACUUCGUCGACAAGAUGCGAGGACUUGGAGCCGCCGUCAAGACACUGUCCGAGGAAACCCAGGGCGUUCACCGCGGCGUCGUUGAGUGCCUGCUCUCAUGAGUAACUCCUGCUUAGCGCCGUACGAGUGCGCUAGUUGGGAGUGUUUCUCGAGACUAAACACCAUCACCGACUUCGGGAGCCUGAGACAGCGCCCCGCCGGCGAUUAUGAUUUCGGCAUA